AUGUAUUCAAAAGUAAUUGUUAUAUUAAUUGCGAUAAUCUGUGGACAUGACUCAGUGGACAGUCAGGCAAUAGACGUGGAGGUAGUGGUUGGUAAUGCAGGCAGUAAUGGCACGCAGAGUGAUGAUCAUAGGAACUGUACCCCUCCUGCCAUCACUAAUUUUCCUUACAUUUCACCCAAUCUAAGAAAAUCAGUGUUUAUGUCAGUUUUGGCUUCAUUUGUAAUAAUCUAUCUCUUCAUUGGAACCGCUCUUAUAUGUGAUGAAUACUUCGUGCCAUCACUGCAACUCAUUUGUGAUCACUUGAAAUUAGGUUUGGGUGGAUGGUUGGGUGGUUGGGUGGUUGGGUGGUUGGGUGCCACUACUUUUCUAUCAUAUAUUAUAUCAAAAGUCAUAGUAAAGUCGGACAUCGCUGGAUCCACUCUCAUGGCCGCCGGGUCUUCAGCCCCAGAAUUGUCCGCUUCUCUGUUAGGAGUAUUUGUGGCUAAAGAUGACAUUGGAGUGGGAACUGUUGUGGGAUCCGCUGUCUUUAACAUAGCCUUUGUCAUCAGUAUUUGUGCCCUUUUUGCCGGUCAUGUGGUUGUUAUCAAUUGGUGGCCAAUACUUCGCGACUCUUUCUUCUAUUUGAUUAGUAUUUGUGUCCUCUUUAUCGCAAUGUUUGACGGAAAGAUAUCACUCAUUGAAUCCAUUGUCUUUUUGGCCAUUUAUGUCAUUUACAUUUUAUUUAUGGCUUAUAAUAAACAAAUUUAUAACAAGUUUUAUCACAAAUUUCAUGGUUUGGUUAAUAUUUCACGCGAAUCUUCUGAUUCAGUCAUUUACAAGACAUUAUCUGAAGCGGAAACCUCUGAUGAAGUGGACAUAUCUAAUGCUAGUAUAGACAUUGGUGCCAAUGUUGACUACAAUACAAACUCAAUUGAUCAACAAUUGCACAUAACUUCAGAUAAGUGCCGACAAACGGAUACAUCGUUAGAAGACUCACAAUCAAAGGCCAAACUUGUGUGGAAUCUAUUGAUUAGACCAUUGAAUCUAAUUCAUUGGAUAACUGUUCCCAACUGUAGGGAUGAAAGCAAAAGGAAUUGCUUUGGAUUCACAUUCUUUAUGUCUUGCGUUUGGAUUUCUAUUUAUUCAUAUUUUAUCGUUUGGAUGAUUACUUUAAUUGGAUUUAAUUUACACAUUCCCGACACAGUCAUGGGUUUAGUUUUCAUAGCAUUUGGCGCCAGUAUUCCCGACGCUAUCGCCAGCCUUCUUGUGGUUCGUCAAGGGCUCGGAGAUAUGGCUGUGACUAAUGCUAUCGCCAGUAAUGUGUUUGAUAUAUUGGUUUGUUUGGGAGUUCCAUGGUUUAUAAAGACUGCUAUAGUUGAUCCAGGAUCUAAUGUAACCGUCCUUAGCAGAGGUUUGGAGUACUCGACAAUAUCCCUGCUCACAACUGUCGUAUUCUUCUUAGUAAUCACUCACUUGAACGGCUGGAAACUUACACCAAAAUACGGUCUUAUUUUAAUGGUAUGGUAUUUAGCCUUUAUUUCAAUGGCCAGUCUUUAUGAACUCAAUGUCUUUGGAUAUCUCAAUCCUCCCGUUUGUUUCAAUGACUAUUGAUUGCACGAGAAUCUCAUAUUAAUUUGAUUCAAUUGACAAUAUAUUGAGUACCAGUAUAUGUGGGCAGGUAUUCCAAUUAUGAUAAGUAGGUAUAUAUAUAUGCCUUUCUAAUUAUCUACCUUAAAUAAUCCAG